GUGGGCUUGAAAAGAUGAAGAAACGCGCGUUUUAAGUUAGCAUAUAAAAAGAGAACCAAAUCCUAAACCCUAGUUUCUGCCACCGCCGCAUUCUUCUUCACAUUCUGGUGUAGCCUUAAGAGGUUCAUAAUAAAAAGUGAAACAAAAAAAUGAGUCGAGGAGGCGCAGUUGGUCCCAAGGGAAAGAAGAAGGGUGUGACAUUCACCAUUGACUGCGCGAAACCAGUGGAGGACAAGAUCAUGGACAUUGCGUCUCUCGAGAAGUUCCUUCAAGAGAGGAUUAAGGUUGGUGGCAAGGCCGGUGCUCUCGGCGAUACUGUCUCUGUUACACGUGAGAAGUCCAAGAUCACUGUUACUUCUGACAGCAACUUCUCCAAACGGUACCUCAAGUACUUGACAAAGAAGUAUUUGAAGAAACACAACGUCCGGGACUGGCUGAGGGUGAUUGCUUCUAACAAAGAAAGAAAUGUUUAUGAACUGAGGUACUUUAACAUUGCUGAGAAUGAAGGAGAGGAAGAAGAUUAAUCAUUUAAUCAGCUUAUUCAUCUGAGAACCUUGUUUACUCUGUCUCAGUGUUAGCUUCUUUUUUUGGCAAGUGUUGCUUGAGAUAUGUUGCUUCUUUUACAUUUGUUGCAAUUUAACAGUUUUGUUUAUUUAAGAGCCGCGGUGCCAUUUAUGUUG